AUGCCGCUUAAAACUCCAUACAAAGUUUCGUCAAGAUUCUCGGUUCAUAAUAAUAAAACUGAAGCAAGAGAAACAGAAGAAUCAAUAUUUAUAGAUAUGACCUUGAAAAGUCGAGGUCAUUUAUCGACGAUUGAUGGUAGUGGAAGUUUUGAUAAAAGAAUUAUAAUUUUGUUAAUUCUUUCACCACUUUGGACUUUGAUUUUUACAAUGAUCCCUGUCGUCGCGGAUUUUCAAGGAAUAGUAGCCCACAUAUACAGAUUUGUUGAGCCAGUUGUAGGAUUACCUUUAAGUUAUUUUAUAAUUUCUUCUUCAAGGUUAUUUAAUGACGAUGAGUUUGGGAGUCAAAAUUUUUUUUUGAAAUUAUCGGAAAAAAAUUUUUUGAUGUUAAUAUUUAUGAUCGGAGCUGCAAUUUAUGCUCAAGGUGCCGGUAUGCAUUCAACUGGGGUCAUAGCUAAACAAGAAUUAAUAAAGGUGUUGGAAGGAAACCCUGAAAUGGCGACACAAUAUCCAGUAUUAAAUAAUUUGGUUGAUUAUUAUCGAGAAACUAUCGAACAUGUGGCAGGACAUUAUUUGUAUGCGUUUGGAUCAGUGCUUAUGAGUUGGAGUCAAAUAUUAGCGUUUAGAAAUCAAAUUCAUAUUGAAAUAAAAUCAAAAAUCUAUUUAACAUUAUGGAUAUUUUCAGCCUUCUUUUAUUCAUUAUUGUUGGCAGGAGUUUCUAUCGAAUUCCCAAAGGGUACAAUAGUAGGAUUAAUUUAUAUGGGAUUUACAAGUAUAUUGCUAUCAAUUUAUUUAUUUAGAACAGGAAAUUUAUUCAACAGAGGCAGAAAAUUGGUGUUACAAUCUUAUCUAAUUGGAUUUCUGAUAGGUUUAUUAAUAUUGAUUAUUUGGAUUUGUAUAAAUAAAGGUUUUGUGGAUAGGAAAGAUUCAGGGUUAUUUGCCAAAUCAAAGGAUACUACAACUACUACAACGAAUGCUACCACUGAUGAUUAA